UUCAAUCCUGUCUCACUUGCAGUACAAUUCCCAUCUCUAGGCUUAUUUUACUUUAAUUACGUGAUGAGAUUUCACUUGAAAGCCAGCUGAUUCUUCUUGAAUUCUCUUUCACGUAUGUUUGUGGCUCAUAUUUCUUCAAAACAGUCAAAACUCAAAGCUUAAUAAUUGUAAAGACGGUGUUCAAACCUCCCAACGCUUCCCCUUACUCUUCCCCUUCGUCUCAUGAAUAAUUCUCCUUCAAUUUCAUCAUAUCCUUCUUUUGCUCAAACAACCACCAAUUCUCUACUAUGUUAACCCUUCAAAGGGCUAUUAGCAAUGGCGAAAACGACCAUAACCGCGAUGAUGAUCAUGAUCAUGACCAUGACCAUGAUGGUGAUGAACAUAUCAGGGACAUCCAUGCUUUGACCCCACCUCACCCUCCAGCUGUGAACCGUGGCCGUUGGGAGACUGGUAGCCAUCGAUCAUCCUCUUUGUCCAUGUCUAGUGAAGCGGGUUCGAGUGAAAACUUUACUACCAUGAGUAGAGAGUUCAAUGCUCUUGUUCUUGCUGGCUCUUCCAUUGAAAACAAUGAUUCUUCUGAUCCUACAAAUACUUUAAACAAUCAUAAUCACUUGACCAGGAUUGGAGAGGAGGAAGUGCCAGAGGAAACUAAUCCUUUGGCUAUAGUGCCAGAUAAUAAUCCGUUUGAUCAGGGUUCGGAUCAACAAAGAAGGGUCGGAUCAGAAGGUUCUAUGGCGGCGAGUAGUAGCAGCCACGAGGAGGUUUAUGUGCUAAGAGUGAAGAAAGAGGAGGUGGAGUCCAAAAUAUCAGCAUGGCAAAACGCAAAGGUUGCAAAGAUUAAUAAUAGGUUUAAGAGAGAAGAUGCUAUAAUUAAUGGGAGGGAAAGUGAGCAAGUCCAGAAGGCCGCUUCUUGGAUGAAGAAAAUCGAGAGGAAGCUAGAGGAGAAAAGAGCAAAAGCCUUGGAAAAGAUGCAAAACGAUGUGGCAAAAGCACACAGAAAAGCAGAAGAGAGAAGGGCAUCGGCUGAGGCCAAGAGAGGGACAAAAGUUGCUGAGGUUCUUGAAAUAGCCAAUUUGAUGAGAGCUGUUGGGAGAGCUCCUGCCAAACGAUCCUUCUUUUGAGACCUUAAUUAAUUAUUACUUAGUACAAACAAUAUUCCUUUACAUUAGUCCCAUCAAAAACCUAAUAAAAAAACAAAAAAUAUUUGUGUGGACACAAUAAUUCUGCCCUUUUAGGAGUACCUUUAUCUUUUCAACUGUAGGUGCCCUACAUCAGAGGGCAGUCAAGAGUUGCAACAAAUCAAAAUAAUAAAAAAAAAAUUAUAGAACUUAUCAUGAUUUGAAGUUUGUUGGGAUUUUUGAGGAUUUGUUCGGAACGGUGGUGGAACAGCCUCUUUUUGUCUUGUACAGUUAAAAUUAUUGCUCGGGGCCAUUAUAGUUGUUUAAACUUACGAUUAAAUGUAUAUGUAUUUACUUUGGUGCAUUUGCUGCUAAUUGGAAUGUUAUUGCUUGGAUGCAAAAUCUUUGUUUUAAA